AUGGCGGCUAGGCUCGCGGGGCGAGACGCCGCUGAGGGUGGCUGGGUACCAGGGCCCAGCCUGGGUCCGCCUCGAGGGUCGCGGGAGCCUCAGGGCGCGGAGGCCGAAGGCUCCCCGGUGCUCCUGAGGCUCAGCCACUUCUCUAGACCGCCCUUCGUCUGCUUCGGCGACGUCCGGGUUGGAGCCUCUCGGACCUUGCCCUUGGUCCUGGACAACCCGAACGACGAGGUGGUGGAAGUGAGUGUGGCCCGGCUCCCAGCUGCGGACAAGGGCUUCAGCGUCUCCCCGCAGAGCUGCGUGCUGCAGUCUAAAGAAAGAGUUUCUGUUUCUAUAACUUGGACACCGUUGAAAGAAGGAAGAGUACGAGAGAUGGUAAUUUUUCUUGUGAAUGACAUUCUGAAACAUCAAGCAAUAUUAUUAGGGAAUGCAGAACAGCCAAAAAAGAAAAAGAGGAGUCUUUGGGAUACUGUUAAAAAGAAGGAUAUUUCAUCUUCUUCAAGGCUUUCUAAAAGGCGUUCAAAUAAUAAAAAUGUUAAUGAUGCCUUUCAUGUAUCUCAAAAGGGUGAUAAAUUAAGAAGCCCGUUACAAGCCUGUGAAAAUGUGGUUGCAUUGGAGGACUGUUCCCUCUUGGGAAGUAAUUCUUUAAAUACAGAAGAGAAUAAAUUGCCAGUAUCACCCAUUAGUCCUCUUUUUGAAAAAAGCUCCAAUGAGAUUGGCACUCCACUUUCUAUUCGUCGAUCUACCACCUAUACCAUUCUUCAUGCGUCAGUAAACAGAGAAUUAUUGAAGGAAGCACAAGAUACUAGCCCUUUGAAAGAUUUUCAUUUGAAUGAGGAAGUAAUUAGUAAAAAUAUAUAUAAUACUGUAAAUAAAUCAGUACAAGAAAAUGGUGGUAAGGAUCACCUGGACUUCAAUAAUAUAAAAUUGCCUAUUUUUACUCCAGAACAUCCUUCAGCUCUGUGCAUGCCAAACCAAAGAACUUUUCUAAGUCCAGAUUCUUUUGUAAGCGAUAACUAUUUGGCUAAUAAAGAUCUAAAAUCUAUGGCAAUUUUUUUACCUGAUCAGUUCAUGAAAGAUGAUUCAAAAGAAACACAUUUUGAGUCACAAAGAAUACGUGAAAUACACAAACCAUUUUUUCAGAGGACAAUUUUGAGUCCAGAUUCCUUUGUAACUGAUAGUUAUGAGCUAAAAGAAGAUCUAGAACCAGUAUCAGUUGAUCCUAUUCUCUCGCCAGAUCAGUUUGUAAAAAAUAAAAUAGCAGAGUUACAAACAUCUCAGGAAACAUCGGAAUUUUCACAGUUACCUUUACCAAAUGAAAAUUCUCCAAUUUCAAAGUUAUCCCUUAAUUGGAAGAACAGCAAAGUGUUACAGUUUGUGCCUGAGGAUCAAGCCUUUCCAAAUGGUAUCCUCAAAGAAACCAAACUAGUAGAAAUUAAAUUAAAUUAUUCUACCCCUUCAAAUGAGAAUCAUCAUAAGGUUCCUGCUCUUCAGAAAAAUCCUUCCUGUAACUUCAAGGAGCAACAUAAGAGACGUCCAAUACUUUCAACUACUGUUACUAAAAGUAAGCCAAAAUGUUCUGAAAGAAAGAGAACUGGAACACAUAACCCGAAGUCUAGACGAUGUCUUACCAGUACAAUAACUAAUUGUGAAAAUACAGACACAUUUCAUGCUUACCUUCCAAACAUACACCCAGUUGUAAAUGAAUCAAAGAUUUAUAAAGAUAAAGUAAAUUCAUUUUCCUUUGGAAGUGCUUUUGUUGGUCAUAAAAGAAAAAGUGAAGGAAACUUGGAAGAUAUAAAUACAUUGGACUCAGCUAAUGAACAUAUGGAAGUGAGAGAAACCAAAAGAAUCCAUUUUUCUUGUGAAAAAUCCAAAGCAUUGACUGUUGUGAAAACAAAAAAAGCAAUUGUAAGAUCGCCAGCCUCAAAACAUAUUGGUAUCAGAGAGAAACAAAACCGGAAGAAGAAAACUGAUUCUUUGGCAUGUGGUACUUCUGGCUUUGUCAUCAACAGAAUAAAUAAGCCUGUUGUUGCUGUGGCACAAUCCCAUUUGACUUUCAUAAAACCAUUAAAGACAGUUAUUCCUAGGCAUCCCCUGCCAUUUGCUGCCAGAAACAUGUUUUAUGAUGAGCGCUGGAAGGAAAAGCAGGAACAAGGCUUCACAUGGUGGUUAAAUUUCAUUCUAACUCCUGAUGACUUAACUGUAAAAGCGAAUACUUCCCAAGUAAAUGCUGUUACUCUUCUUUUGGGAGUGGAGAAUCAUUAUAAAAUAAGUGUUCCAAAAGCACCUACGAAAGAUGAAAUGUCUCUCAGAGCAUAUACUGCCCGUUGUAGAUUGAAUAGAUUACGCCGUAAAGCUUGUCAUUUAUUUACCUCAGAAAAAAUGGUUAAAGCUAUUAAAAAGCUAGAAGUUGAGAUUGAAGCUAGACGGUUACUUGUUCGGAAGGAUAAACAUCUCUGGAAAGAUGUGGGGGAACGACAGAAAAUCCUCAACUGGCUGUUAUCAUAUAAUCCACUGUGGCUACGUAUAGGUUUAGAGACUGUUUUUGGAGAACUGAUCUCUUUGGAAAAUAACAGUGAUGUUGCGGGUUUGGCCAUAUUUAUUCUGAAUCGUUUACUUUGGAACCCUGAUAUAGCAGCUGAAUAUAGACAUCCUUCUGUACCUCAUCUUUAUGGGGAUGGACAUGAAGAAGCUUUGUCUAAGUUUACUUUGAAAAAGUUAUUGCUACUGGUCUGUUUUCUUGAUCAUGCUAAACUAUCUAGACUUAUUGACCAUGAUCCUUGUCUCUUUUGUAAAGAUGCAGAAUUCAAGGCUAGUAAAGAGAUUCUUCUGGCUUUUUCAAGAGACUUCCUUAGUGGUGAAGGUGACCUUUCCCGCCACCUGGGCUUUUUGGGAUUACCAGUUAGUCAUAUUCAAACACCACUUGAUGAAUUUGAAUUUGCUGUAACAAAUCUUGCUGUAGACUUAAAAUGUGGAAUUCGUCUUGUGAGAGCCAUGGAGCUUCUCACAAAGAACUGGAACCUUUCAAAGAAACUCAGGAUUCCUGCAAUAAGUCGCCUUCAGAAGAUUCACAAUGUCGAUAUUGUUCUUCAAGUACUCAAACAAUACGGAGUUCCGUUGAAUGAUGAGCAAGGUAAUACAAUUCAGUCUAAGGAUAUUGUGGAUAGUCACAGAGAACGAACUCUAACAUUGCUUUGGAAAAUAGCACUUACUUUUCAGGUGGACAUUUUGCUUAAUUUAGACCAAUUAAAGGAAGAAAUUGUAUUUUUAAGGCAUUCACUAAACAUAAAAAGAAAAAUGACUGCACUAUCAUUUGAUCCCAGUGGCCUGACCUAUGUGAAAAAAAGUAGGCCGAGUAGUUUUUCCUUGGAACACCAUAGUGAAAAUGUAAAGUUGCUCAUGGAUUGGGUAAAUGCUGUUUGUGCAUUCUAUAACAACAAAGUGGAAAACUUUACAGUGUCGUUCUCAGAUGGACGAGUAUUAUGUUAUCUGAUUCAUCACUAUCAUCCUUACUAUGUACCUUUUGAAGCGAUAUGCCAACGUACCACUCAAACGGUGGAAUAUACAAAAACUGAUUCAGUGGCACUAAACUCAUCUUCUGAAUCUGAUGGAAGUGGUUUGGAUAUUUGUUUUGGAGUAUUUGAUCAUGCAACAAACAGCUCAGUGUUAUACAAAGAGCUCCUAGACAAUGAGAAAAAGAACUUUCAGUUGGUGAGCACUGCAGUGAGAGAUCUGGGUGGGAUACCUGCCAUGAUUCAUCAUGCAGACAUGUCUAAUACAAUUCCUGAUGAAAGGGUUGUUAUUACCUAUUUGGCAUUUCUUUGUGCAAGGCUUUUGGAUCUUUGCAAAGAGACACGAGCUGCUCGAGUUAUUCAGACGACUUGGAGAAAAUACAAAAUAAGAGCAAAUCUAAAACUCUACCAGGAGAGAGAUAAAGCUGCCAAGGUAAUUCAAGCUGCUGUAGUCAAAUUCCUGGCCCGAAAACAAAUGAAGAGACUUUUUAAUGCAACAGUAAUUAUUCAGAAAUACUGGCGAAGAUACUUAGCACAGAAGGAAAUGUUGACAUUAAGGAAAGCAAAACUGGAAAAAACUCAAAAUCAAUCAGCAGUGGUUAUUCAGGCUUUUUGGAGAAGAUAUUCUAUUAGAAAAAGGUUUCUGAAAUUAAAAUAUUACACCACCAUUCUUCAAGCUAGAAUAAGAAUGCUGAUGGUUGUUGCUGCUUUUAAACACCAUCGUUGGGCUGCUGUUACAAUUCAGAGGCAUUGGCGAGCUUGUUUGAGAAGAAAUGAAGACCAACAAAAAUACAAAAUGCUCAAGUCUUCAGCAUUGAUAAUUCAGUCUGCUUUCAGAAGAUGGAAAAGACAUAAAAUAGAGCGUCAAACCAAAGCCAUCAUAGUGUUGCAAAGAACUUUCAGAAAAUGGAAAGUCAGGAAACAAACUAAGGAGGAAAAAGCAGCUAUUAUGAUUCAAUCAUGGUAUCGAAUGCAGAAACUGAUGAAGAAAUAUAGACACAUCAGAUUGUCUGUAAUUGUCAUCCAGAGCAGAUUCAGAUGCAUACGGGCCAAAAAGUUAUAUACUGAAAAGAAGAAAUGCAUAUUGACUAUUCAGAAGCAUUAUAGAGCUUAUCGGAAAGGAAGGACUGAAAGGACAAACUAUUUACAAAAACGCAAGGCAGUUAUACAGCUUCAAGCAGCUUUCAGGGGAAUGAAAGCUCGUCAAUUAUGUAGAGAAAUAAAAGCUGCUUGUGUUAUUCAGUCACACUAUCGUACUUACAUUUUGAAAAAGAAAUUUCUAAGAAUGAAACAUGCCAUAAUAAUGUUGCAGGCAUUUAUCAAGAUGAAACAAGCACGUAAACAGUAUUUAACUUUAAGAAAAUCUGCACUGUGUAUCCAGCGAUGGUACCGUUCCAAAAUAUAUGCUGCACAAAUCAGAGAUGAAUAUCAGCAAUUACGGGAAUCUUGCAUUAAAUUACAGGCUGUUGUGAGAGGGCACCUGGUUCGUAAGCAGUUAUGUUUACAGAGAAAAGCUGCUACUUUGCUGCAGUCUUACUUUAGAAUGAGAAAGGAGCAACAACACUACCUUCGAAUGUAUAGAGCUACAGUUUGUAUUCAGAAUCAUUACCGUGCGUACAAAGUACAAAACUAUGAGAGAGAAAAAUUCUUAAAAGUAAAAAAGGCAGUUGUUUGCUUGCAAGCAGCAUAUAAAGGUUAUAAAAUCCGUAAAAUGCUCAAGCAGAGAUCUGCUGCUGCUCUUAAAAUUCAAACUGCUUUUAGAGGUCACAGCAAAAGAUUGAAAUAUCAAGCCAUACUUAAGUCUUCUAUCAAGAUUCAACAGUGGUACAGAGCACAGAAGACGGGUUAUGAAACAAGAAUGAAAUUCUUAAAAACAAGAGCAGCUGUGAUUUUUCUUCAGUCAGUUUAUCGUGGUUGGAAACUUCGGAAGUCAGUCCAAAGGGAACACAAUUCUGCAAUUAUCAUUCAGUGUGCUUUUAGGAGGGUCAAAGCUCAGAAGAAAUUCAGAUUGAUGAAAAAUGCUGCAUUGACCAUCCAACGGCAUUUUAGAGCAAACAUUUUAGAAAAGAAGCAGCGCAAAGAAUACACUGACCUUUAUUGUGCUGUUUUGAGGCUUCAGGCAGCUUGGAGGGGAAGAGCAGUAAGAAGACAAAUUAAAAGACAAAAGCAAUCUGCUGUCAUCAUACAGUCAUGCUUUAGAAUGUAUAUAUACCGGAAGAAAUGGAAAACCAUGAAAACAGCUGCUCUUCAGAUCCAAAGGUAUUACAAGGCUUACAAGAGUGGAAAGAAGCAGUAUUCUCUAUAUUUAAAAACAAAAAAAGCUACGAUCAUUUUACAAUCUGCUUUUCGUGGUAUGAGAGUAAGAAAACAAAUGAAAGAGCUCCACAAAGCGGCUAUAAUUAUUCAGGCUAAAUAUAAGUCUUAUAGUGCAAGGAAGAAAUAUUCAUCCCUUCAAGCUGCAGCUGUCACAACACAGAGACGGUAUCGAGCUCUUGUCAAAGCAAACCGCCAACGCUGGGAAUACCUUAUUUUAAGGAAUACGACUAUUAAAAUGCAAGCUGUUUAUAAGGGUGUACGAGUAAGAAGACAAAUUCAACACAUGCACAAGGCAGCCACUUACAUUAAAGCUGUGUUUAAAAUGCAUAAGUUAAAAAUGAAAUAUAGAACUAUGAGAAUGGCUGCUAUUGUAAUUCAGGUGAGAUACAGAGCAUAUCGUCAAGGUAAAGCACAACGUGGAAAUUACUUGACACUUCUGCAUUCGACCAUUAUUCUUCAAGCAGCUUUUAGAGGCACAAGAGUACGCCAAAAAUUAAGAAAGAUGAAGGUUGCAGCAACAGUUAUACAGUUACACUAUCGAAAGUACAUGCAACAAAAGUAUUUGGGUGAGUUAUGCAAGGUGACUCAACUUUUACAGCAGCACCAUUGUGCUAUCAAAGAGAGAAACAUAUCUGUUUGUAAAUACAGUGUUAUGAGACAUUCAGUUGUUUGCAUUCAGGCAGCAUUUCGGGGUAUGAAAACAAGGCAACACUUGAGAGUAAUGCAGUUAGCUGCAACUCUCAUUCAGAGGAGGUUCAGGUCUUCAAUGAUACGAAAAAGAUACCUUUUGCUCAGGAGGGCAACAAUUUUAAUUCAGCGAAAGUAUCGAGCAACAGUUUGUGCCAAGCGUGAAUUUCAAGAGUAUUUGUGUUUACAUAAGGCAGUUAUUGUUCUUCAGUCACAUUAUAGACGAUUUAUGGUAAAGAAAAAGAUGAAAGAGAUGCACCAGGCUGCUACUAUUAUCCAAACUGCAUUCAGAAGGCACAGAGCAUAUGUUUCAUAUCAAGCCAUGAAACCUCCUUCCCUCAUGAGUAGACAGCGUUCCUGUGUCUGCAGGGAAACAGAACUACAAAUGGAAAAUUAUCUAAAGCAACAAAAUUCUGUUGUGGUUAUCCAGGCUGCAUACAGAGGAAUGAAAGUUUGUCAGCCUUUACAAAAAAAGCACCAUGCAGCAGCCAUAACACAGAGCUCUUAUAGAAUGUAUGAACAGAAUUGUUACUGUCAAGAUAUACAGUGGGCUACUAAAGUAAUGCAGAAGAGACACAGAAUAAAUAAAGCAAGAAAGAAAGCACUGCAGCAUUGUUUCAUCAUGAAGAAAGAAGCAACUUGCAUUCAGGCAGCUUUGGGGGCCACAAUGACUAGUGAAGAAAGGCAGGAACAACAUCUAGCUCCAGUUGGUGUCCAAAAACAUCUUAAAGUUCACCGUAGCAAUGUCUCCCUUAGGGAAGCAACAGGUCUUCAGAGGAGAUACAGCGCAUCCAGUAUGACAUGUGUACCCACCAAAGGACUUACUUAUAUACAGUCUACUUACAAAGACCUCAAGCCACAAGGGAAUUUUCUUCAUAUGCAUCAGGCUGCUACGCUAAUUCAGGCCACCUUCCGAAUGUACAAAGCCAGAGUUGCCUAUCAAACCAUGAGAACUGCAGCUAUUGUCAUACAGACUCAUUAUAGGUUAUAUUCCAAAACAAAAAUUGACCGAAAUACAUUUUUAAUGACACGAAAGUCUAUUCUAACUAUUCAGGCUUAUUUCAGAGGCUUGCAGGCUCGACGGGAAUUUAAAAACAUGUUAGAGAGAGAGAUGGCAGCAAUUGUUAUACAGUCAGCAUUUCGUCAUUAUAAGACAAAGAUCCGAUUUAAAGCGGCUCAGGGUGCCUCAGCUGCGUUUCAGAGUUGGCAAAAACCCUCUCAAAAUACUCUUUUGCAGAAAGUGCCAUAUCCACAAAGAAUAGCCGAAAGGACAACUCAUUAUACUUUUCAUGAAAUGAUUGCAAGAAACUUAGUAAAGCAAAAUGGUGAUGACCAGAGAAUUAGAUCUUUCCUUCGUAUGGCCAUGUAUCAGAGAAAAUUUUUCCAGCAAAUACGAUCUGCUAUCAUAUUACAGGCAUAUUUAAGGAGGUGGCAAACCAGAAGGCAGAUUGAAUUGUAUAGAAAAUCAGCAUUGAUUUUGGAGAAUCAUUAUAGAGCAUAUUUGUCUUCAAAACACCAAAGGAAAGUUGAUUUACAAACCCAGAAGAGCAUUAUAAGAAUUCAAGCUAGAGUGAAAGGAUUUAUUCAACGGCUGAAGUUUCAGAAAAUCAAGGACAGCACCAUAAAAAUUCAGGCUGUAUGGAGGGGAUAUAAAGCUAGGCAGUUUUUACGUAAAGUGAGAGCCGCCCAAAAAAUUCAAGCCUGUUUCAGAUGCUCCAAAGCUCGCAAAGAAUAUCUAGCUAUGAAAAAAGCUGUUCAUAUCAUUCAGAAUUUCCUCUAUACAAAAUUACAGAGGACCUGGUUUUUGAACAUUAGACUUUCAACAAUUACUAUUCAGAGAAGGUGGAGAGCUACUGUUGUUGCAAAGAGGGCUCGUGAACGCUUCCUAUGUAUGAGAGAAGCUACAAUCAAAAUUCAGUCAGCUUAUAGAGGACAUUGUGUUAGAAAUCAGAUGAUAAAAAAACACAAAGCAGCCUGUUUGGUCCAGGCAGUUUAUCGAGGCUAUAAAAGAAGACAGAAUUUUGUUCAGCUGAAAUCUGCCUCCGUGAUCCUACAAAGACAUUUUCGAGCUAGGAAGGCUGGAAAAUGUGAAAGAAUAAAAUACAUAAGAAUGAAAAAAGCUGUCCUCAUGUUACAAGCUCUUGUUCGUGGUUGGUUAGUGAGGAAGAAGAGAUGCUUCCAAGUAAGAAUACAACACAAGAUACAUAUUGAAAAUUGUCAGAAUAUAGUAAAAGGGCAGGAAGCAACUCAAGAGUAUUGCAUUCAAAGAAAUAGAGCUGCAGCAGUGAUUCAGAGAGCAACACGUAAUUUCCUCUUCCGAAGACGAGAAGAAAAACUUAAAAAUGGAAUUUGUAAAAUUCAGGCAUUAUGGAGGGGAUAUUCAUGGAGGAAGAAAAAUGACUUUUCAGAGAUUAAAGCCAUCCGACUAAGCCUGCAAGAAGUAAAUAGAAAGAGCCGAGAAGAAAAUAAACUGUAUAAAAGAACUGCACUGGCAAUUCAUUACCUUUUAAAAUACAAACAUCUAUCAUACAUUCUUGAAGCCUUAAAGCAUCUAGAGGUUGUUACCAGGUUGUCCCCUCUUUGCUGUGAAAAUAUUGCUCAGAGUGGAGCAAUUGCCAAAAUAUUUGUUUUGAUUCUAAGCUGCAACCGUAGCAUCCCCUGUAUGGAAGUCAUCACAUAUGCGGUGCAAGUUUUACUUAAUAUUGCUAAGUAUGAAAAAACAGCUCCAGCAGUUUACGAGGUAGAAAAUUGCAUAGACACAUUAUUGGAGCUUUUGCAAACAUAUCGAGAAAAAUCUGGUGACAAAGUUGCAGACAAAGGUGGAAGUAUUUUCACCAAGACAUGUUGCUUGUUGGCUAUUUUGUUGAAGACCUCCAGGCGGGCUUCUGAUAUCCGAAGCAGACCUAAAGUUGUUAACCGAAUUUGUAGUCUCUAUAAACUUACAGCACGUAAGCAUAAAAUAUGUACUGAAAGGAUAAUCACUAAACAAAAGAUGAAUCCCACAAAUGGACACUUUAUUCCACCAACACCUAUAAGAACAAAAGUAGUUUCAAGAUUGAAGCCAGAUUGGGUUUUAAGAAAAGAUAAUAUGCAAGAAAUUGUGAAUCCUCUGCAAGCUAUUCAGAUGGUGAUGGAUACACUUGGUAUUCCUUAUUAAUAAAUCUGUAAAAACAAAUUUUUUUUCUAACUG